GCACCUGAUCAUCCGACAUUGAGUUUGGUCAAGAAAAAAAAAGAAAAAAACCAUUCCACCCACGCCAAUACUGAUAUCAUCAUACUCAUAUCCUUCAACCGUCUGAGCCAUUUUGCCCAUCUUCUUCCAAAUUAAAACUGGAUCUCCAUUGCAGAGCCGAGUGAGGAGCUUCCACUCUCCUGCUCCGGCUCCAUCUCGCAUGCUUCCAGUCAAUCUACAUUCAUAGUUUCCCUGAGGAAAUGGGUUUCUAGCACACUGUUUUGGAUUUCAAGUCUUACACGCCAUGGCUGGACUGGAAGAGCUGAAGAAGAAGCUCGCGCCUUUGUUUGAUGCUGAAAAGGGGUUCCCGUCUUCCUCAACUCUGGACCCGUCUGAAUCGUACCUGCUUUCGGACGGCGGUGCUGUGAAUUUGUUGAGCCGGUCGUACGGCGUGUACAACUUCAACGAGCUUGGGCUGCAGAAGUGCCAUUCGUGGCCAGUCGAGGAUCCUGAUUACGGGGAGAAGACAUACAGGUGUGCUUCACAUGAGAUGAGGGUUUUCGGAGCCAUAGGAAGCGGCGCAAGCAGUGUCGUUCAGAGAGCUAUUCAUAUCCCCACUCACAGAAUUAUUGCUUUGAAGAAGAUUAAUAUAUUUGAGAAGGAGAAAAGGCAACAGCUUCUUACUGAAAUAAGCACUUUGUGUGAGGCACCUUGUUAUCAAGGUCUUGUUGAAUUCUAUGGAGCAUUUUAUACUCCAGAUUCUGGGCAAAUAAGCAUAGCUUUAGAAUACAUGGAUGGAGGGUCUUUAGCUGAUAUUAUAAGAAUGCGUAAACGCAUUCCAGAGCCAAUACUUUCUACUAUGGUUCAGAAGCUCUUACAGGGGCUUAAUUAUUUGCAUGGAGUUCGCCAUUUGGUUCACAGAGAUAUAAAGCCAGCAAAUUUGCUUGUCAAUCUCAAGGGGGAACCAAAGAUAACAGAUUUCGGCAUAAGUGCGGGUUUAGAGAACUCUAUGGCAAUGUGUGCUACCUUUGUUGGGACUGUUACAUACAUGUCACCCGAAAGAAUUCGAAAUGAGAAUUACUCGUAUCCAGCUGACAUUUGGAGCCUUGGACUUGCACUUUUUGAAUGUGGCACAGGUGAAUUCCCAUAUACAGCUAAUGAAGGACCUGUUAAUCUCAUGUUGCAGAUCCUUGACGAUCCUUCUCCAUCACUAUUGAGCCAUGAAUUUUCACCCGAGUUUUGCUCAUUUGUUGAUUCUUGCCUCCAAAAAAAUCCAGAUACCAGACCAACAGCAGAGGAGCUUCUUUUGCACCCAUUCAUUACCAAGUAUGUGGAUACUAAUGGAGUCGACUUGGGUGCAUUUGUCAGAAGUAUUUUUGAUCCAACACAGAAGAUGAAGGAUCUGGCAGAUAUGUUCACAAUACACUACUAUUUAUUGGCCGACGGCUCUGAUGACCUUUGGCAACAUACUAGGAUGCUAUAUAGAGAAUCCUCUAUUUUCAGUUUUUGUGGGAAAGAAUAUGUUGGGCCAGACGAUAUAUUUGCAACAUUAUCAAAUAUACGAAGUACGCUAGCUGGGGAAUGGCCACCAGAGAAGCUUGUGCAUGUUGUAGAGAAACUUCAGUGCCGGGCCCACUGUGAAGAUGGAGUUGCAAUUCGCGUUUCGGGAUCUUUCAUUGUCGGGAAUCAGUUCCUCAUAUGUGGGGAUGGCCUACAAGUUGAGGGCAUGCCGAAUUUCAAAGAUCUGUCCUUAGAUUUACCCAGCAAGAGAAUGGGGACAUUUCAGGAGCAGUUCACCAUAGAGCAGGGAAGUGCUAUCGGUCGCUACUUCAUAACAAAACAAGAGCUUUAUAUUGCCCAGUAGGGGACAGGUCCAUUUUCCAGAAGCAAUUCUGGGUGUGUGUAUAAACUGAUGGUUUAUUACUACACCCACUGGGAUUGGGUGUACCCCUGUUCCAUUUGGGCACCCUACGAUAAUUUGCUCGAUCUGUAAGGUGUUCAUACCUCUGAUCUACCUCAAACCUCCCACCUCAGACCCCCUAGCCUCCACCCAAAGUUGAGUGACGAUUCACUCUCAAAAUUUUGUGAGUGGAUUGUCACCCAAAUAGGGGGAGGACAGGGGAGUGUAGGGUUCGUGAAAGCACUGUAAAGGUGCCCAAAUGGAUCAAGUGUCAUAUUAUGACACCAACCGGGUGUCAUGUGUUAUUUGUGUGUAGGGGGGUGUUGCUUAGUAUAGUUCCAAGAGUAUAUGGGAAAAGGGCAAAAUGUUUAUAAAACCCAAUAGUAACAUUUCUAUAUUGAGCUUUGAAUAACAAUGAUCUAUUGUU